AUGUCUGCAGAUUCGUCACCCUUUAAACCUUCAAACACACCAGUGUUCAUUGAUGAUUCACUUUCACCAGUAAAGUUACCAACGCGGUCGCCAAUGAGGCCACCACCAUCAGGAAUACCACAUAGAUCAUCACAGGUAGGCACUCCAUCUACAGCAAAAGUGAGCAUUACAAGCCCAUUAAUGAAUGCGGCACAACAGCAUAUAUUGAGACCUCCAUUCACUGAAAAGGCCAACAAAACCGCGUUUCUAAACAUUGAAUCAGCCACUCGUCGCUCAACUCUUGGACCAGUCAAACGGUCAUUGUCAUCAUCAGAUCGUCGUCAAACGUUGAACCUCAAACCGCCAUCAUCGCUAAACAAACCAGCACACACUGCUUCAAUAACUUCGCCCUUGCACAAGAAGCGCAAGUCAGCAAACUUGAACAAAAUUCAGCAAUCCGCCCAGGAAAUUGAAUUGUACGUGAACCGGUUGAACGAAGACCGCGAGAGGAGGUUGAAUCAAUCGGGUUAUAGAUCCAGUAUGUCAGAGACCGAGGCAUUGAGCUCGCCCAUAAAGAGGAGUGCUAUAAACCUGCGCCAGUCUAUGACACAGCUAAAUGAGACCAGUGAAGUAAAGGAGCCUACUGAAGAAAGGCGAAAUGAGGUAGCGGGAGGAGAAGGGGAAAAUAAUGAGGUGUCUGAAGAAGAGGUGGAAGAGCAGGAGGAGCAAGACGAGAAAGUUGUCGUACUUGAAGAUGGAGAUCCCAACAAGGAUAAUGAUUCCAUCGAAAAUGUUGAAAUUGGAAGAAGAGAAGAUAUUAUAGAAACCGCCAAGGAUUUUGAAGCCAACAUAGAUGAUCUGCGGAGAAGAAAGAGGAAUCAAGUGCUGACAUCAAGACACGGACCAGGUUCCAGUGAUAGCGAUCUUGAGAUUUUGGAUACCAACUUUUCGCGUGAGCUAAGUCAAACUUUAACCCACAACCACAUGACAAGGUUGAUAAAUGAGCUGAGAAAGGAUAGGUUCUCGACCACGACCCCUGAUAGAAUGACCGAACCGCAACCACAAAGCCCGCAUCCUCAUCAUGUAAAACCUAGUACUGUUGGCGACGAUGAUCAGGAAGAAACUGUUUUGAGCCCCUUGAGGCACGAUUUGGAAGCUGUUAGUGAAUUCUAUGUUGAUGAUCAGGAUAACGACAAGUUGGAAGAUGAGCCAACCAUGAAUUUCCUAGAUUCUCCAAAUUCAAGACCAAUGUUCCCAUUAACGUAUAUUGAGAAGUUGCAAUCGGAGAAUCAAAAAGAAUUGUUGCAGUUGAAUCAAGAGCUCAGGCAAAAGGAAGCGAGAAUCGACGAGUUGAAUAAGGAGUUGGGUAAGCAAAGAGAGGUUGAGCAUAAAUUGCAACAUGAACAAGAACUUAGCCAAAUUCAAUUGAGACAACUUGAGCAUAAUGUGGCGUCGUUGACGAAACGUAACAAGAUUUUUGAGUCGUCAAAUUUGAGCUUCAAGCGCAAGUUGAUUGAUUACAAGAUCACCGUUAAUGAGGUGGAGGAAGCGAAUAACGUUUUGACAGACAAGAAUAAAGAAUUAGAUAACAAAUUGAGCAAACUUCAAAAUGAACAUAGUCAAAUGCAAAAAGAUCAUAUUGAGUUUACAAUGAAAAUGGAUGAUUAUGAGACUGCAAAAUUAAGAUUAUUAGAUGAAAAGCAGGAGCUAGUGGAGAAAUUGAUUGAUCUUGAGCAGGAAUAUGAAAGCAAGAUUGAUCUCUUGGAGGAUAGGGUGAAAGCUAUGGAGCAAGCCGAUGAUGAGCGAGAACGGGAAAAUAAAGAUCUCAAAUCCAAACUCGAAGCUUCUGAGAUCAAAGCUGAUCAAUUGCAGAAGGAGAAGGAGAAAUUGCUGAUCAAGAUCGAUGAGAAUGAAGGUCUCAUUAAGGAUUUAGAUCACUUAGUUGAAACGGAUAAACAAGCUUACGAGAAGGAGAUUCAAGAGUUGAAAAUGAAACUCGACAGAGAAGUUGCGCUGUUGUCCGACGAAUUGCGAUUAGUUAAAAACAGCAACGCAGAGUACAAAGAGAUGGUCAAUGACUUGACUCGAAAACUCGAUGCCAAAAUUGCCCUGUUUGAUAAUCUCAAGUUGCAAUUUGAUCAACAAGCGAAUGAAUUGGAAAAAGCUGUAUCUGAAAAGGAUCACCUUGAAUACAAACUUGCUCUACUUCAAAAUGCUGAGUCGGACAAGAACCGUAUCGAAUCGGAAUUGAUUGAUUUGAAAAACAAGUAUGAGACUGAUAUAUCAACUAAAGAAGACGAGAUCUACAACCUUACCACUAAGCACAAUCGCGCUCAGAAUGAAAACCACCAAUUAAAAUCAAAAUUAACUGAGUUGGAGACCCAACUGGCAACCCAAUCACAAAUGAUUACAGCUAAAGAAUCAGAUAUAUCAACCUACAAGGCAGAAAUUGACAAAUUGCUCAACGCCAUAACGACUCUCAAUCAAGAGGUUGCCACAAAAGACUCCCAAGUGGCACAAUUACGUAAAGAUGUGGCGACUUUGAAAUUUAACCAUGAGCAAGAUCUCAAGACCCAAGAGGACAAGUUGGUCAAGUAUUUGCAUCAGGAAUAUGCUCAAAAGCACAUGACGAAGAUGAAUGAGUUGAAAUUGUAUUAUGAGCAGGAAAGGAAGAAUUUGGAACUGAAUAUAAAGAAGUUGACUCGGGAUCAUGAUUUUGUGCUGAAGAAUGCUGAAACUUGGCGACAAAAGUAUAAUGAGUUGUUGCGGGAGAAGGCGGAGCGGAGUGAAGUGUAA